GAUCUUGACCUGCUCGAGAUUUCUGCUCGAGCUUAAAAACAUUUUAAGAGCUUUGAGAGUAAGUGUUGUAAGCUAAUUGUUUGUUUAUUAUAUUUAUUCAUAUUUCUUUUCAUUUGAAACAUUUUACAGCGACAGUUCGACUGAGUGAAAGGAAAAGCUCUUUAUCGUGCUGUCUGCUCAAGGUGUUCGCCUGAAUAAAUACCUGAGUUUUUCAGAACUUUUACAAUGAACCCAGAACGCAGACGGCGCUCUUUACGACAGUCUCGUAGAGAGACUCCUGCUUCUGUUGGCUCACAGCUUGAUAAGGAAGUGAAGACAGCGACCUAUAUGACAUCAAGUAGAAGGACAUCUGAGACAACCGUGUCCCCUGUGAACAAACAGAAGAGGCAACUCCAAAAGAAAUCUCCUAAUAAGCAAAAACCUAAAGACCUGAACAACAGCGUCUUGCAAGUCUUCCCCUGCUCAUCGUGUACGCUGUCCUUUACAGCACAAAUUUAUCUCCACAAGCACAUCCGAGGGUGCCAUUAUGAGGAAUAUGUAAGAUUACUUAAAGCAGGAGAGGUUAAAUACGAAAACCUCGCAAAAUCUGAGCAAAAGCUCUCUGGAACUAACAAAUCUCCUAAAGUAAUGAAGAAACUAAAUUGCCAGUGCUCAGAUUGUGGGAAGAGAUUUACUCAACCAAGUCAUCUGGAAAUACACCAGCGUGUGCACACAGGAGAAAAACCGUAUCAGUGUUCAAUGUGUGGGAAGAGCUUUACACAGAAGAGUCAUCUCCGGACACACGAGCGCAUUCAUACUGGAGAACGACCGCAUAGCUGUUCAGAGUGUGGAAAGAGCUUUACGAAUAACAGCGGCCUCCAAUCACAUCUGCGCAUCCACACGGGAGAAAAGCCCCAUCAGUGCUUGGAGUGCGGGAAGAAUUUCACUCGACAUAAUACUCUUCUGAUACACCAACGUAUUCACACUGGAGAAAAACCCUAUUACUGCUCAAAGUGUGGAAAGAGUUUCAGCUACCAAACUAGUUUGGUGCUACACCAGCGCAUUCACACAGGAGCCAAACCCUACCCGUGCUCAGAGUGCGAGAAAAGUUUCAGUCGACACAACAGUCUCCAAAUACAUCUGCGCAUUCACACCGGAGUGAAGCCUUAUUCCUGCUCCAAGUGUGGAAAGAGUUUUGCUUACAGCAAUAGCCUCCAAAAACAUCAGCUCAGUCAUGCUGGAUUGAAGCCACAUCAUUGCUCACAGUGUGGGAAUAGUUUUAGCAGCAAAUCUUCUCUUAGGAACCAUCAGCGCACUCACACAGGCGAGAAGCCGUAUCAGUGCUCUCAGUGUGGAAAGGGUUUUGCUCGAGAAAGUAAUCUUAAACUGCACCAGCGCGUUCACACAGGAGAGAAGCCCUAUCAGUGCUUGGUGUGCGGGGUGGGUUUCAGGCAACAGAGUCAGCUUCGACGACAUCAACGCACUCACACGGGAGAGAAGCCGUAUCCUUGCUCGCACUGCGAUAAACGAUUUGCAGAUGCCGGCGCACUGAAAAUACACGAGCGCGUUCACACAGGAGAGAAACCAUAUCAGUGCACUGUGUGUGAAAAGAGUUUUACCCAGCUGGGUAAUCUCCAAGUCCACCAGCAGCGUGUUCACAUAGGAGAGAAGCCGUAUAGCUGCUCUGAGUGUGGGAAGAGUUUCAGUGACGGCUAUUAUCUCAAAAUACACCAGCGUUUCCAUACGGGAGAGAAACCGUAUCAGUGCUUGGAGUGUGGGAGGAGUUUUACUGUUCGGAGUCACCUUCGAACUCACCAGCGCAUUCACACAAGAGAGAGGCCCUGUUACUGCUUACAGUGUGGAAAAAGCUUCAGAACACAGAAUUGUCUCAAAAUACACAGUCGCGUUCACACUGGAGAGAAGCCGUAUCAGUGCUUACACUGUGGAAAGCGAUUUAAUGUCCAAAGUCAUCUCAAAAGACACCAACGCGUUCACAUCGGAGAGUAGCUAUUAUCAUGAUGAUUCACAUGACGAGGUGGACUUACGAACCGUUCGGAGCAGGACAAGGGUCGCUCCUCAGAGUGAGGACGAACCUUUGUCAGGUUGAAAAUGUAAAGUUCAGUUACCUAGCGCACAGGUUUCAAAGCCUGAAUCUGCAGGACCCUGUUCUGCACAUUUUCUUUUUUUCCCUGAUAUAUUUUUACACAAUUGAAUUCUAAAAGGCUGUUAAGUUCAAUCAGGUGUGUUGGAAGCUGGGACAACUGGUGGGAUCAUGUGACUUAAAAGGUUUUGUGUGUAUCACUGUAAAACUGUCAAAGUGCUAGCUAAACUUUAACUAUAAUGACUAUCUCAGAUUAGGAGAUGCUUGGUAACUUUGGUCUUCACCUAAAGGUUAUUUUAAGAGUGAGUUAAAAAUGAUUCGCACUCUGGCUAUAGAAUUUUAGUCAACUUUGUUUUGUCAAGACAAAUACAAAAUCUCUAUGCUUUUUGACACAAUCUCUAUGCUUUUCAAUACUGUUUGUCUAUGUGUGAACAAGCUUUUGUCUUCCCUAGUUAAACAUAUUUUAGGCUGAGAACAAGCCACGAUUGAACCGCUCUCUUAACUUCUUCAUGAGAAUCUUCAUCCUUAUAGGGCUGCUUUCAGACAAACAAACGGGUGCAAGUCUAGAGCAAGAUCAGGGCUUAAAGAAAAGGAUGCUUGAACGCCUCCAGCUGAUGAUUUAGGUUUUUGAACUUUUUCUCGAUCGGCGAUUGAGGAUGUUUUCGUUCCAUUUACUCUCGGGCUCGUAGUGAUGAAUCCAUAUCUUGUCACAAGUAAUGGUUCUUUAUAAGUGAGUAUAGAGACAGUAGUAUAGAGACAGUAGUCUUGAACGGAAAGCACUGGUAAGACAGUGCGGCCAACACAAGUUUUAAUAUAACCGGAGUGUGGAUAAUUUUUGACUUGCCCACAUACUUUUUAUUUUCCAUUAAAUCUGAACUUAAAAAGUUUUUUUUUUAAAUUUACCUUUUUACGGUUACUUACUUUUAUUAUAGUAUCUUUGCUAAAAAUCAUCUCUAUGAACAAGUGACCUUUCCUUCUAAAAGUGGGGGGAAAAUGCUGUUUUGCUGCUAAACGACAAAUAAAAUUUUCUAAAGCAGUUAAAAUUGAACAAGGUCCGGUCUAUACAAACAACAGUCUUUAAUCAGUCUUUACUCAAUCUUCAUUUGCAUGCCGUUGGGCUGUAUAUUAAUUUAAAAAGGACUCUGGUUGUCAUACUGCACUCUCAGUUCCAUUAUUUUGGCCGUAGUUGCCAACUUUUCAGAAAAACUUGGAGUGAGGUUCUGAAAAUAUGGUCAUUCAACAAAGGACAAAGAAAAUAACAAUUUUGUAUCGAGUUUAAUCAUAGACAAAACAAUGUACAAUGGAACCUUGGAUUACGAGCAUAAUUUGUUCUGAAAGCGGGCUCCUAUUUUAAAACAUUCGUAAACCACAUGUAAUUUUCCCAUAAGAAACACAAAUUAUUCAUGUUUCCAUUAUUUUUCUAAUUAUUAUAUAUACAGCCCAGAAAAAAAACGUAAAUAUAAAGUAAGCUCUCCUCUCCUCUUCUCGUCUUACACAGUUACCCUUCCUCCACUCUUUUCAUGCACACACAACGGAAACACUGUUUUAUCAGAAAAAUAAACAAGAAAUCUCUCAUAUGACACAAGAUUGAGUGACACACUGACGAAAUCACUGCUGUACAGUAAAAAUAAAAAAAAUUAACCUGCACUUUACUUUUAAAAAAAAUUGCGACAGAGCAGUGUUUCUGUUUAGAACAGAGAGAAAGUGUGUGUGUGUGUGUGUGUGUGU